CGGCUUCCCUAAAAUGGAGCCACCUCCGUGUUUGCGCUGGUUCCGGGCUCCUGGAGCUCACCUCUGCCUGCCCGGGCUGUGGCUUUCCCUGGGAAUUGUGCCCACGGCACAGGGAUGAGCCAAAUGGGUCUCAGAGAAGCCCAAACGACCCAGUUAGCCAAAACCUCUGCUAAUGGUCUGGCUGAUUUUGAACCAGUGGCAGAGAGAAAUUGCUUUCUAUCCAGUAAAACCCUGGUGAUGCUGGUGGGCGACUCCGGGGUCGGCAAGACCUGCCUGCUGGUGCGGUUCAAGGACGGCGCGUUCCUCGCCGGCAGCUUCAUCUCCACGGUGGGAAUCGACUUCAGGAACAAGGUGCUGACGGUGGAUGGGGUGAAGGUGAAGCUGCAGAUCUGGGACACGGCCGGGCAGGAGCGCUUCCGCAGCGUCACCCACGCCUAUUACCGGGAUGCCCACGCUCUGCUCCUGCUCUACGAUGUCACCAACAAAGCGUCCUUUGACAACAUCCAGGCUUGGCUGACAGAGAUCCAUGAAUACGCACAGCAGGACGUGGUCCUCAUGUUACUGGGAAAUAAGGUGGAUUCAGCCCAGGACAGAGUGGUGAAAAGGGAAGAUGGAGAGAAACUUGCCAAGGAGUACGGGGUGCCCUUCAUGGAGACCAGCGCAAAAAGUGGCCUCAACGUGGAAUUAGCGUUCACAGCCAUUGCAAAGGAGCUGAAGCACAGGUCCAUGAAGCUGCCCAACGAGCCCAAAUUCAAGCUCCACGACUACGUGAAGAAGGAAGUGCGAGGCUCGGGCUGCUGCAGGUCCUAACGCCGCGUUUGUACAGAGACUCUGGCCGUGCCCCCCACGCUCCCGUGGGCAGUGUGUGCAUGUCUGUCUGUCGUGUCUGUGUCUGCCCCCAGGGUGAGCUGCGCCGUGGGCGAUGGGAGCAGCAGCAGGAGGAGCCCUCUGGGACGCUGCAGCCGCGUGCUGGGCGCUGCUGCCCAAGCCCCAGUGCGGCCGUGGGCGCUGAGAGCGCUCGGCUCUGUCCCACCGGUGUUCCCGCCUGGAUCUGUCUGGGAAGGGGCUGGGCUGGGGUCUCCUCCCAGGGCCAGCUGUGCCCGCUCUGUGAGGCUGCUGUUACCUUAGUGAGAGUCGUGCUGCGACGCAGGGGAACCAACACCUUCUCCCCACCUGAAUCCCCCUUUCUUUCCCUGCAUCCCCGGAAUUCAGCCCCCGGCCUGGGGUGUGCGGGAAGGAUGUGUUUUGAGGCAAACAUUUUUGUAGUUGCUUUCUCCUGUCUGUGCAUCCCUGUGAGGUGACACACACCUCCAGGGUGAGGGAUUCUCCUUUUCCCUGCAAACACAGAGCUUGGCUGUCUGUCUGGAUGAGCUCCUGCAUACCUGGCUGCGUACAGAGAUUCCUGAAUGUUUAUCCCUUCGGGAAAGGCUUCGGUUCUCCUCCUUCUGCCCUUUCUAGUACUUUAAUUGAGAAGAAAUCUAAUGUAUUGCAGCUUAUUCUAAAUACCUUCCUGUAAGUGUGAUGGCGUUUUCAGAUGCAGCAACGCUUUGAUAUCUUCAAAGUUCUCUUGGGCAGCUCUUUCUUUUCGCCGCAGAGAGCUGGGGGGAAGCUGCAGGCAGUGAUUUUACAGGCUGCAGACUCCUGCCAGCUCUCUUCAAGGGCCUCCUCACCCCUUUGGUCUGUGUCAGGCUUUUGGCUGUUUUUUUUUGUCAAGCUGCACUUCUAAGUACAAAUCUGAAUCUGGAUGAAGUGUUUGGCCUUUGGCAGUUUUUCCCUUUGGAAACUCCACGCGCACAUCACCAGGUGCCCCCGCUGUGCUGAGCCUCGUGGGCCACUUCACAUGAAAGGAAGUAACCCAUCCAUUGCCCUCCAGCCACCACCAGCCCCCCCAGCAGCUGGCUCAGACAGCCCUGCCCCUUGUUUUGCUCGGAAUUUUGACUCCAGCACCCCCUUCCUGAUGGGCACAAGGAGCCUCCGAGCUCCUCUGUGAGCUGCGACAACAUAAGCAGCUACAGCUCCACAGGGUGAAAAAGGAUCCUGAAAUGAACCUACUGAGCACAGAGCAUUUUUUUUCCUAGUUUUUUUUUAGGGAGAGAAAAGUCUCAAAACUGUCUGAUUUAAAUUUUAAAGUGAUCCGCGGAAAACCCACUCCUGCAGGAAUGUUUGCGUUCCUGGCAAACCCUGCUGCCAGUCUCUCAGGAGCAGGCAGGUGAGGGAUGGCUGUCAGGGCCCCCCCAUGUCCCCCCCUCAGCAUCCCACAGAUCCAAGGGAUGGCCAGCACUGGCACAGCUGCUCCCACUGGAGCAGUAGCAUCGGUCCAUUCCUCAGCCAGCCUUUCCCUAAAAUAACUGGAGCAACUCUCUUCACCUGAAAAGUGUCAUUACCUGCUGCAGGUGCUCUCAAGAUUUGUUUGCAGGUAGCAGAGCCCAGGGCAGGCUCUGAGAGGGGCUCAGGCAAGGAAUUGUGCAGGAAUGUGUAGAACUCGCUGUUCCAGGUGCCUGGGUGAGCUUUGCUUUGCUCCCACUGCUGCUGUACUGAGGUGUCCCCAACGCUUCUUAGAGUCCCACCCUGGGCUCUGCAGCAUUCACUUGCUGCCUGAGGAGAAGAGAGGGAUUUCAGAGAGUCCCUGAGCUUGCUGGGUCCCAGGGAUUUGGUUCUGUGUGGGGCAGGAACAGCCAGGCAGCUCUGAGCCCUUAGCUGUGCCUCCCUCUGCUUCCUCAUCCUGCCCUGGGAGCAGCAGCAGCUCCAUCCCAAGGUGACAGAGAGUCUACCUAAAAGCAAAAUUUAGCAGCAGGAUUCCUAAUGAAUUAGAAUUACUAAUGGAUCACCAUUCCUACCUUAGGCUGCUGCUUUCCCUCUCAGAUUGGCAUCUCACUUUCUGGGAGACAAAGCUGAGAACUGGUUGCUUCCUGCUCACUGUGGGACCAAAACCAAUUAGAGACCACUAAUAGUGAAGAUGUAAAUGUUUCCCUUUGGAGCAUUUCCAACCCACCUGUGGGGUUGCAAACUCUGCCAGAGCAGAGCCCUCACAGCAGCAUUUGUGGUAUUAGACCUAAGCUUUGAGCAGACAGCCCCAUCUCUCCCAGUCACCAGUUCCCAAAGCAGGACUGGUCUCCCAGUGCCUGCACAGUGACCCCAGAGCUCCUCCUCACGUGGCCAUUUGGGAUUUUUCCACGGGCCUUUGCUGCCCCCACGCGACGCUGCAGGAAUUGCUCAGUGCAGCACUAAUUGUUUGAUGCAGCGUUAAUUGCUCGGUGCAUCCGGCGUCACCCGCAGCUCUCGUUUCUGCUGGCUCUUGUUUACAGCUUUGGGUUCAUUCCUGUUAAUAAAAUUUUUUAUAAUCUC